AUGGCUUAUGUCGCUGUCGACGCAGACGAUCGACUAGAAGAAGGACCAGAGGGUCUCGAGUUCAAAUCUUUCCUUGGAACAGACGCGAGAGCAGAGCAACGAACACAGUCCGGUGCUUCAAACCUUGACCGAGGAUAUCUUACAGAUCACACCACGCACAAAGGCCCAUCUGGGUUCUGGACAGUCGAUUACUAUCAACCAUACUUUGACGUUGAUACUUCGACUGUCUUGAAACGAUGCUAUACGACGCUCCUCCCCACUUCACCUUCCUACCUGACAAUUCUUACACCCAGCGCUGACCUAUACGGCCCUUUCUGGAUCCCAACCACGCUUAUACUGGCGUUAUUUCUGUCUUCGUCACUUGCAGCAAGCAUCUCGUCUUACCUUUCUGACCCGGGAGCUGCGUAUGAGUAUGACUUUGGCCUACUUAGUCUGGCAGCAACGAUCGUGUAUAUAUACACGUUUGCAGUACCUGUUCUCCUGUGGCUCGCGCUACGCUACUUUGGCGUUGGUGAAUGGGGCGUAGCGGAAGCACUUGGUGUUUGGGGUUAUUCGUUAUUCGUUUGGAUACCGGUUUCGAUACUAUGCGUCAUACCCAUCUCUAUUUUACGUUGGGUUCUAGUGGGACUUGCGUUCUGCUUAUCAGGGUACUUCCUGGUAGCGAACGUGUACCCAAUAUUGGCGAUGGCCGAUGCAAAAGCUACUCGCUUACUGAUAAUUGUAGUCGGCGUGCUGCAUGCAGCGUUAGCGUUGACAUUCAAGGUGUUGUUCUUCAGCUACUACGUCGUGCACGAUAUUGGGCCUGGAGCAGACCCCAUACGGAGAUUCAUAUAA